AGCUGUACCUAACCACAGACACAGGACUGCAAAAAGUACGAGAACAUCCUUUUUAAUGCAUUAUUCAGUACAAACUUCACACACUAUUAAAAUAAACGUGAAAAGAGCCUGUUCAAUUCUAGCGGGAUGGAGUUUACAUUGGUUUCAUGAGUAAACGCAUCAGCCUUCAGGUCGGUUGAUAUGGAACAGCCUCCCAGCAACUCGGAUGGUUUACAGCCUCAGGAUCUGUCCUCCACCUGCAGCCUACCCAAUAUCUUUGAUCUGUCAAGAAACAGCGAAGAAUGUCUGUUGAAAUCGAACCCCAUAGAUGCCUUGCAUGUUGUCCAGACACCAGGCUGGUUUGUCAGUCCUGGGACCAGCAAUGGGAUGCUACUUCCAGAGAAUGACUCUGACCAGUUGCCACUUCCCACAGACCAGAUCAACCCAGACGAUGCGUUUUCCAACACGACUGUCACACUCUCUUAUGUAAGCAGGUCACAUGUCUUCUCUAACCAUAACACCCUCUCAGAGCAUUCCCCAAUUUAUGGUGUUCCAUCCUUAACUAAGGCUUUCGCUCUGCACCCUGCUGCCUAUGAUGCUAGCAAGCUGGUAACAGACACAGGAGAUGUCACAGAUCUCUCUGUGGAUAUGGACCAACACUGCCUUCAGCAGGUGUCAGUACCUGUAGGACUGGCAGCCUGCGACCAAUUUGGGUUUAUGUCCCCAGCUCAGGUUGUUGAAAAUGUAGCAGCAUUCUGCUACCUUCAACAGCCUCCUGAUUUGAGCGGUUUGCAAGAUGUGGAAAACAUUGCUUUGGAAACGCUCAAAUCUUUACAACGAAGCAAUCCCACAGAGUGUAGGUUUCCCAUAAACAUGGCUGAACUUCAGAAUGGAGCUGCUAAUGGCUUGUGGAAUGUGGGACCGUUUGAGGGAGGCUUUCCGGAGGGUCAUGCUACAAACGCAGAGGGUUUACAUAGAGAUGGCAACCCUGAGGUAGUCUUUCUGAUCUCCAGAUCUGAGCCACCGAUCAUUUUACAGAACAACCAGGGGCCUGCAAGCUUUGCGAUAUCUUUAAACCAAGAUUUUAUUAGUCCGUUAGAUCCUGAGUCACCCCCUGCUGCCUCAGUGGAUGAAACUGAGGAUGUUUACUCCUUGCCACAGGCUGCAAGUUCUCUAAGUGGAGACGGUUCAUUCGAAGGACAAGCAGCUGACAUUAUGCAAGAACAUUUGGGCAAAGAGUUUGAUCCCACGACAGGAGAUGCUGCAUCAGAAUUCAUCACCAGCACUUAUGAAAAACCAACAACUGACAAAAUCACAGAGUAUAAGUCAGCACAGGUCAACGGACUAUCUGAAGGAAAAACAGAAAUAUGUAAGACAACUGACAUUUUGUGUUUUAGUGGCAGUUCGCUCGACACAAAGAAAACGUUUAAGAGAAAACUGCCGCCAAGAACUAGUAGAGGAAUGAGGUUGGGAGCCAUUGUUCAAAACAUCUACCCCACCAGAUACAAAUCAAGUCGCGUCUCUAAUAUAAAAAAAGCUCAGGCUAGAAAGAACUCUCAUUUCGGCUCCAAUCAGGAUGCGUCAUCCAACAAGAAUAUCGAGCACAUGCUGGACAGUAUAUGCACUGUUAAUGAGGCAGUGGAAUCUAAUGAAAAGACAGCUGCACAUUCACAGGAAGAAGAAACAGAUGUCAGAGUUUCAAACAGAUGUAAAACCACAAUAUCUACCUCAUGUUCUAAAAACAAGAGUGUUCCUGAACCGUCAUGUGAUCACAAGCACACAAAGACAUUAGACGUUUUGUUAAAUUCCACAAAAAGAGCAAAGAAACUACGACAGAAGGUUUCGAAAAGGUCCUCAGCAGGAACAGGAAACCUUAACUCAUUACCAAUAUUGAAAACCUCUAGAAAAGGCUGCCCUGCAAAUCUUCAGAGUCCAAUUAUGGGUCCGAAAAGUUCAGCUGCUACAAAGAAAUCUAAUGCCCCCAAAAGGAAAAGGAAGAAAUGCAAAGUUGGCCAUACUUCCUUGUUUUUACCCCCGGAACCAGAAAUCAAACUCAAAUAUGUGAACUACAAAGGAGAGAAAAAGGACAUACGGGAUAAGGCCUUUGCCCCCUAUAUUCAUUUGGAACUCAAAGACAAUCCAAACUGUACGGUUGUCAACUAUCCAGAGGAGAGUUUCAGGCUCAAGCAGGGAAAGCAGCAGGGGUCCGUUGGGUUCAUGUGUGGUGUGGUGCCUGCAACACCUUGUUUGCAAUAUGGGCGAGUCUCCAUGGGUGGUGCACAACGGGGUAGCCUAGUGUGCUGUCUUUGUGGCGGCUCUGCCAAUGCUAUGGAUCUUGGUGACUUGCAUGGGCCAUAUUACCCUGAGGGAUUCAAAUCUGUCUCAAAAACUCUUACUAAUCCACAGGAAGAGGAGGAGGACCAUAGUGACACAGAUUCCUCUUUUAGUGUUAAGAGUGGACAGCAUGAUGCUUCCACUCCAGACACUUGGACUAGUAAAUGUUUUCACAAAUUAUCAGAGUCGACAGCUUUGAUGACCUGUAAAAGAUGGACCAGUGAUAGUGAGCUCUCUAGUAGUCCUACAGCUAAGAGACCUAAGAUGGAUGCUGCCACUGAGUGGUACAGCCCUCCUGUGGUUCCUCUUGACAAUAAUGAGUACUGGCUCCAUGAGGACUGUGGCAUAUGGUCAGCAGGUGUCUUUCUGGUCAGAGGAAAACUGUAUGGACUUGAAAAUGCUGUCAAGUCAGCAAAAGAGUCGUUUUGUUCAACUUGUCAUAGAAGGGGGGCUACAUUGGGCUGUGUUUUCAAAGGCUGCCCAAACAAGUAUCACUACACAUGUGCAAUGCAGUCAGGUUGUAUAUUAAACGAGGACAAUUUCUCAAUGAAAUGCAGAAAGCACAAGAACAAGUCCAUCCAAGGUUCAUCAUAUAAAAUUACCAGGUGACACAGGAGGAAGAGGAUGCUAUGCAAGUGACGUGGAUCUCUUCAACUCCAUUGGCGUCUUCCUGUGAGUACGCCAGCCAUGGGACCUUCACAAUCUUUAUCUGUUGACAGAAAGGCCUCUUCAAAAUGCCAACACCCAUAAACCUUAAUCAUUUUGCUGUUGCACUGUUCAUAACAUCGGUCACACAAAUGGCACUUUGUAAGAUUCACACUAUUGAUGUAAGGAGUGUGGUAAUAGUGACAAGUAUCAGAAUGAAUUGCACAUUUAAGGGGCUCAAAGCAGAAGACAAAUCCUUGAAACCUAAACCACAGCACAAAUUCAGUCGGCUAGUUUUAUUUGGUAAUAUUCCUUUUCAAAAUAUGUUUGUGUUAUUUAUAUUUUGGGGCAAAAUGAUUUGGGGAAGUUCAUAGUGUGUUAAUAUGUUAAUUUAUGACGAAAUUAUUUCUACAAACUGAAUUUUAAACAUACCGCAUGUUAGAAUGUUAUUCACUCUUCAGAGUGAUGUCAUAAUAUUAUCAAAAUAUAGCUUCAUUAUCAGCUCUUUAUAUAUUGAAUUGGUGUCUUGUCACUAGUCUGAUUCAUUAAACCCCCAGAAGGCUCUUUGUCUGGUUUGAAGAAGUGAAGGAAAUAAUAUGAAAUUAGAUAGCAAACUCAUGAGAUUAUUGUUAUUUUUUAAUAUGUUGGUUUUAGAUUGUCUUUUCUUCCCAAGUGGUGGAAACAUAUGAAAGCACUUUGAAAGGGGAAAAAUAGAUUUUUUUUCCAAGAUAAUGUUGGUGGAAAAUUCAGAUGGUCCCAAAAUAGUCUCUAGUGUUUCUUGAACUUUACAACCAGCUGUAUUUUACGUCCCUAAUAACAGCUUGUUUACACACCCACAUUGUGAACGUGAUUUAGUUUAAUAUUCAUUUGCAUUAAUUAUAGAAUGAUUUAAAAUAAUAAACAAUGAAACAUCCAAUGUCUAGAUACAUCUGUUUUAGUAUUUACUAUAUUGUGUAAGUAAUUAUGUAAUAUUCAUUUUGGUUUUACAGAUUACAGAUGUGGGUUACAUACAACUUCAUUUUAAUCACACAGUGGUGUUAUGGAUUUUAUUAAUGGUUCUAUAUACGUUCACAUUUAUAUGGAGGCUCAACAGCUUAAUGGUCCAUAUAUUGGAGGAAUGUUCCAGGUUCAAUAAGAGUUAACCUCAGUUGACAGCAUUUGUGGCAUGUUUAUUACCACAAAACUACAUUUUAACUUGUCCCUCCUUUUCUUUUAAAAAAUAAAUCUUGCUACAUUGAGGCACUUACAGUGGAAGUAAAGAUCCUUAAACGUCAAAAUACUCACUCGCCUUAAACCCGAAAACGAUUUAUUCAACUUUACAGCUCAAAUAAUACACAAGUUUGAUCAGAAUAAUGAAUGUAAUUACUUUCUGCCUUUUAAAUCCACCAAAAAUUGUCCUCAAUUACUUCCAUUGUAAGUGCCUCACUGUAACCCAGAUUCAACAAUCAAAAUACAUUUUUGUGGCAAUCAACAUUAUGCCACAUUCUGUCGAUUGAGCUGAACUUGUAUUGAACACAGAAAUAUUCCUUCAUGGAUAACUAGUAUAAAUGACAAGUUUAAAUUAAUAACAAACAGUAGCAUAUCAUUUAGUUUGUUUUGUUCUGUAAUGACAAUUUGAUCCCAUCAGGAAUGAUCUGUGGAAAAAUUAUCAAUUUCGGACAAGGAACUUGAUCAAAUUAUGUUCAGGACUUCUUAUGAACACUAAACAUUUGCUUUUACAGUGGCUGAUCCUUUUUGAGUUUCCAUUCAACUUUUGUGUGAUAAAACAUUUUUGUCGCACUCUACCUAUUUUAUAUGGAAAUUAAUUCUAUUACCCUCUCAUUUUCAUUUGUUCAUGCCUUGCUAAGACAAAUCUUUAGUUUUUUCUCAAGAUCAGGAAGUGCUUGUUUCAAUUUCUGAUGGAAAAGGGAUCAUGAGACUCAUUCUGGAACUGUUCAGUGCAUUAAAUCCACCAAUUUUAUUUGUUUGUGUACAAACUAUUUAAAUGUCAAUAGUUUUGUCCAAAGGUUAAGAGAUGGAUUUGUAAUUGUGCCAGUUAUACACUGACAUAAUCUGGUAACUUGCUUGUGGAAAGGUCAAUGUUGACAAUGUCUCUGAUUGUCCAUCUGUAUUAGUGGACCUGUGUUGUGUGCCAUACUUUUGUUCAGGACUAUAGCUGUACAAAUUUUGUGCAAAUGUCUUUUGUUUGCUGGAUUGUUUUGUUUUUUAGUUGUUUUUUGUCUAAAUUGAAGAGAUUGAGUGUUACCGUCAUACCAAAUGUUCCAUUGUUAAUAUUUUUGGAUUGUUUUUAAAAUCUUAAUCUCAGGGUUGAGCAGGGUUCUUUUGCGUUGUUGACAUUCUUACCCCAAAAUAUAUUUAUCCUUCACUGACUAAACCCACUUGGUCAGAUUAAUAAA